CUCGUUGCCUCCACGCAUUUUUAUACACGCGAACGCAUACAAUUACAUCUUGGCAUAUUGAAAGAUGCCACCAAAAGGUGAUAACAAAACCAAGCCUGUCGUGUUGCAUAGUAAUCAUUCAUCUACUAUGGAUGAGUUUGGAAAGGAUAUCGAUCCGCUCAAUAUCUGCGAUGGCUUUGACCAAGAUAGUCCUAUCUUUUCAUAUGCUGAUGUUGAUGAACUAAGAGAAACCAGGGGAAGCCUUAACUCAUAUAAGAAAGAAUGUUAUAGCGGAUUGGGGCGCAUUCAUACUGAGAUAGGCGCUUUGAAAACUGAAAACCGUGAGCUGGAGGAAAGACUACGCGAUGGGAAGAUGCAUCUCAGAUAUUUACAAAGAAAGAAGCACUCAAUGACAGACAACCCAAAACAUCCUACAAAACGUAGAAGAUCCAAUACAAACAAAGAUACUGUUCUAAAAAACCUCACUGCAAGUUGCCACCCAAGUGAAAGGUGUCUGAUUUUAUUGGAUGUACAAUGGCUGACUCUAAGACUUCAGCUAUAACUAUCUCUGCACAUCUCCUCCGAAAGGAUAGUGCCCAAGUUUAUACGAAGGGACAAAAAUAUGUUCAAAUUUUACCACAAGAAAUGACGCAAUUCGUUCCAUCGUACGCA